UCCAUGUUUGAAACUUCCAAUUUUUCACACGUCAAUACGUUGUUGUCACACCUUUGUGUUCCUUUAUCACGUGAAUCUCGCUUGCGGCUCCGUGUUUGUAAAACUGACAGACCAGCUUUGUUUUGAAUGUUGUCUUUCUGGUCGGCUCACGUUACGGGUCGUUGGUGUGAGGUGACGUCAUUUUCCCAUUGCUGAAUCAUAAGAGACAUCAUGGCGGCUCGCUUGAAAUUGUAAACCGCUGCGUAUUUUCAUGCUUGACAAUCUGCCAGCGUCAUUUUCCUCGUAUUACCAACUUUUUACGGUGUACAGCGCUGCUAAGGCGUUAAACCUGGGAUCACGCCAGAAUAGCGGACAUUUUUGACAGGCAAACGACAGUGUUUACAGACAACAACACUCUAUCUGACACCCCCCUCCCACCCCCUACGCUGGCCUUGUAGCUGAGCCAGACGGACUCAAUAUUUGCUGGUUGUCGCUGACAUGGUCUGACGGCAGAGACGCAGGAUGAGCCGAUCCAAGGGAUUCACCAUAGACGACGCGUUUGAUCUGCAGGUGACUUCUGAUGACGAGGAAGGGGGGUUUCACCAGACAGGCGAGCGGGAACACACGCCGCUGAAGACCGGGGACCCGCCCGUGCUGUCGUUCAGGGAUGAACACCACAACACACGGGCUGAGGGGGAGGGGGGCGACUUUCAUUAUCAGGGUAUGGAGGAAUCCGAGGAUGACUCCCUCCUUGAACAACCCAGCAGGGCAGGUGUCCCUAUCAGUAUCCGGCCUAGAGUGCAGUCUGAAGAUUCCUUCAUCUCAACAUCUACUCACAAAAGCAGACUGUCACUCACACGAUGGUACAGUCAUCCCAAAGUACAAGAACACAAGGCAGCUGUCAUCGCUUCCUUUCUGCUGCUCUUCAUUGGAAUUGCCCUUAUUAUUGUUGGUGUUGUGUUGGAGGUCAAUGCAAAUCGAGAUAUCCAGCCUGUUGUCUUCAUUGUCAUCGGAGCUAUUUGUUUCAUACCUGGAGUGUACCAUGUUGUGUACAUCUACUGUGCCAUCCAGGGACGGCCUGGCUUUCACUUCUCCAGCCUUCCCACUUUCAGGUGAACACAGGAUCACAUGUACGUGAACAUAACUGGUCUCCUUGGAUAGGGUAGAAUAGCAACACCAACAACAUUCAGGGCUUGAAAAAAAAUGAAAGACUAUUUUUCUGCAUACUUGCACUGGUGCAUUUUAAUAUCAUUGAAAUUAUCUGCACCAAACAAACUUUAACCUGCACCAUUCAGACUGUAGGAAGUACUAUGGAUCACACUAAAACAGUGUUCAAAAACCACUGCUGGCUAUUUCUGCCACUGUCACUACCACUUUCAUAGGUGGUAACAGUCAAUGGAGCAAAUAAAAAUGAUAAAACUCCACAUGCAUCUGUAAACCUACUACAUGGACCUGUACAGGUUAGGUGCAGGUAGACAUCUGAAAUACCUGCACAGGCUCAACUUUUCUUGCACUAAGGUGCAUAUGCACCCAGUAUUUCAAUCCCUGACAUUGGAGCUUGAAAGGUUACGAAGUGAACAAGAGAUUAUGAAAAUUCAGGAAAUUUAAAGCAAUUUGCAAGAUCUACGGUCACCUGCUGACUUAUAUGGACAGGCAGGCAUUUUUAAUGCACAUUGUUGGUACAUGAAAUAAUGAACUAUUGAGCUGACUUUGUUAACUUGUUACCUCUGCACAGCAUUAAACUGUUGAAAAGCUCUGACAUGUAUAGUUCCUAGGAAGAGCACCCUUACAGCAAGUUAGAUUCAGGUAAACAGCAAGUUUUUUUUUUACGUAUUAAAAAAAAAGAGUAGACGAGAGUUAACAUAACACUGUGUAUGACUGGUAGAUAUAUCACAUAAUUUUGUGUGUAUAUGAUGUGUCAUAUGGUAGAUUUAUUUUGCAUACUUGAUGCUAUAUAUCAUGUUAUUUUUCUAUUACUUUGUCUUGUUAUCAUCAUGCUGCUAUAUAUUUGUGGUGAAAUAUGUGGACCUGACCUGUGUUUUGAGUUGUGCUAACGUUGUACAAGUGACUGAUGUACAAGUUACCUCUAUUGAGGAACUUUAGCUUUCUAAACUUAAGAAAUCAAAUUGAUAUGGCAGUCUUGUUAAGAAGCAGCGGUGAAUACACUGGCAGUUGUUUAGAGUUAUUUAAUGAUUCACCUAUUUUGAAACUCUGCAGCAGAUACACUAUAGAGGCUGCUGUGCAUUUAGCAUUUGAUAAUUUGGGUGCUGUGAGACUGUUUUGUACAAUCAACUGAUAUUCACAUGCACCAGUCACCAUUUCAGCAGUACUUGUGACGAAGUUGUGUGACCUGUGUGUCUGAUUGAAGCAUGAACAUAUCAAGGGAUCAUGUUUUUUUGCAAAUAUGUAUUUUUCUCAACGUUGUCAUCCCAACUAUGCACCUUAUCAAAGCUUUUGACUAUCUGAUGAAGUUGUUGAAGGUAAUAAAACGUCACUUUUUUUUGCAAUAAUU